AUGCGCCCGCUCAAGGCUCUCUGCGCAACGCACGGCGUCGAUCACGGUCUAGCUGGCAAACGAAAGGACGUGCUCGUUGACCGCCUGCAAAAGAUCCGGAAGGUGACGGUUGGCGAGUGUGAGGCGCUCCUCCCGACCGCCGCUGCGAACCGCCCGGCAGGCGGCGCGGGCAAGGGCGCCGGCAGGGCCAAGGCGGAUGCGACAAUGCGCACUCGGCUCGAGGCUUACUUUGCGUCGGGCGGAGACGAACUAAAGUGCUCCGCAUGCCGGCGGCCGCUCAGCAGAGUGCAGGAGCUCCGGCCUCCGCACGGACACGGCGUCUUCCUGAACGUCUCGUGCGGCUUCUUCCCGCAGUGCAAGCGGACGCACAAGCUGCGCGAAAUCUACCUCCUCUACAAGCGGCUGCUCUCUCCGAGGAUCGUCUUCGAGGCGGUCAGCCUGCGCGGCAUCCUCGGCGCGGAGCGCGACGCCUUCUCGGUGAGCGUGGACGCGAGCAAUGCGCUCGGCGUCGCGCUGCUCGAUGAGCUCGUCCAGCGAGCCGACCUCGCGCCGCUCGCGCAGCGGCCAGACACUGCCGACGAGGCGUCCCUCGUCUCCGGCACCUGCGGCAGGCGGGGGGUCCUCUUUCUGCUUUCGGACUACGCCGCGGUGCACGCGGCGGCCGUGGAGCUGCUGGCUGCCUCGGCCAGCGAGCUCGCCGCCGGGUGGCGUGGGGAGGACGAGGCGCUCGCUCUCGCAGGCGAGCGGCGGCUGCGCGAGUGCGGCGUCUGGUGGCGACUCCGGUCGUACCAGCGCGAGGGCGUCCGGCGCAGCCUGCAGAUGGGCGGCACGCUGCUGCUCUGUGACGAGAUGGGGCUCGGCAAGACGCUGACCGCGCUAGCGACGGUGGUCGCACUUGACGCGUGGCCUUGCCUCGCCAUCGUGCCAGCCGUCACGCGGCGGGGGUGGGCGUGCGAGGUCGAGCGAUGGCUCACCGGCGUGUUGGGGCCAUCCGACGUCCACAUUGUCUACGACCAGUUCGACGCCUUGGACCCGAGCCGCCCCAUCCCCAAGCUCGUCAUCAUCUCGCCAAAGAUGGCGGACCGCACGCACCAGCACCGCAACUUGCUGGCGCGGGCGUGGGGCAGCGCCAUCCUCGACGAGGCGGGACGGCGCUGGCAGUGCUGCCUGCUCGCCGCGAAUAAGUACGAGUACAAGGCGCGCUUCUUCGACGGCGCCUCGUCGUCGGCGGCGCUCAAGUACCCGAAGCAGCUUCCACUGCUCGUGCACAGAUUCCUGAUGGUGCGGCGCACGAAGAGGCAGGUGAUGGACGACCUCCCGCACCGGCUCGAUGAGCAAGUUGACUUGCCGCUCGCCCUCGGCCACGCAAGGGAGGCGAUCCGCGCGUUUGGAGCGGCGCCCCUGCCGCCGGACGACCUGGCGCGCGCCGAGGGCGGCGACGCCGACGACAGCGCCCCCGACAGCUUGGAGGCUGCUGGCGUGAAGGCGAAGGCUCACCGCCUCGGCUUGCUCAAGGCCGUGGCCCUCUCCGAGCCGGAGUCUUGGCUGCACGCGCGGCUCCGCACCCUCGCCACGGCGGCGGCAGACGCGCGGCAGAGGGGCGAGCGGCCGCGCAAGCUCGUCGUCUUUGCGCACCACGAGAGGGUGAUGGACCUUCUCGAGAAGACCAUCGGCGAGCGACUCGCGGACGCCGCCACGCCGGCCAGCGGGGGUGGCGACGGCGAGUCGGCGCCGUGGCAUGGCGUGCGCAUCGAUGGCAGCCAUUCGGGCGUGGCGAAGAACGCGCUCCUGGACGCAUUUCGCGACAACGACUCUUGCUUGGCGGCACUGCUCUCGAUCAAGGCUUGCGGGACGGGCGUGGACGGGCUGCAGCACACGGCGGACCACGCCGUCUUCGUCGAGCUGCCAGAGACGUAUGCCCUCGCCCACCAGGCAGCCGCUCGGCUGCACCGCUCGGGGCAGACGCAACGUGUGCUCCUCACGUGGCUGCUUGCCUGCGGACCGCCGCGCCGCGGCCGGCUACUGGCGGGCGCGGAUGCCGGCGACAGCGGUGGCGACGAGGCGUCCGCCUUGCUACGCGAGUGCUCGAGUGCAGACGCACGGAUGUGGGCGUCGCUGCAGCGCAACGCGGAGGAGAUCGACGAGGCUAGCAGCUCUUUUGCUUGCCGCAGCCGCCGCUGCGCAUUCGGCACGGCGGCGGCGCGGGACGAUCCGUCGGGAAACGGGCUGCCGCCACCGCCGCUCGCGCCGCCGAGCGCCGCCGAGCUGGAGGCGCUUCACUUCGGCGUCUCGCCGCACACGAGGUACGUGCACGUCUUCGCCUCGUCGACGAGCGACGUGUCGAUGGCGGCCUUCCCUCCGCACGAGCUGGCCCUCGACGGGGACAGCUGCGCGACGACCCGUCGCGAGGUGCUGCGCCGCGCUGCGUCCGCCUUUCUGCGGUCGUGGGAAGCGCAGCCGGCGCACUGUCGGCCCUUUGCGGAGCUGCCGUGCACUCUCGCCUCGCUCCCGCAGCAGUGUGAGGGGCUGCGGCAGGCGAGCCUGCCUGCCAGCGCCGUCUGGAUACCGGCGGCGGUGCGCGAGUGCCGGACGGGCACCUUCGAGGUGCGUGUGCACUGGCAGCCGUUUGACCCGUCGUGCGGCAGCCUGCUCUGCGCCAACAGCGCGUGCUUCCGUCCGCUCGGUGGGGCGAGCCUCGCCGAGCGUGGGCGGACGCCACAUCCGCUGCCCGACCCGCUGCCUGAGCGCGCCAGGCUGGAGUGGCGCACGGAGCACGAGAGCUCCCUCGGGCUCGUCUGCGGAGGGGCAUGCCUCAAGGCGCACCAGCUCGCGCGGGACCCGGCGUCGGUGCGGAGGGCUCACGUCAAGCUGAGCGGCUCGGUCUUCUGCCAGCACUGCGGGGUGGACUUGCUCGCCCUCGUAGCGCAGCUCAAGGGCCUGCCGAGCGAGGAGGCGCGCCGUGCUCUGCUUCUCGCGCGCCUGCCGCACUUCGCGCGCUGGCCGGGCAAGCUCGACCGCGCCGCGACGGAGCCGAGCGAGGGGCGCCUCUGGGAAGCGGACCACCGGAGGGAGGUGCGCGAUGGCGGCGGGGAAGCCGCGAGCGAGGGCGCCUUUGACCCGCUCUGCGUCGGCUGCCACCAGCGAAAGACCAACGCGACGACGCGCGGGCGAGGCGACGACGAGGCGGUGCGGCUGCGCGGCUUCUCCUUUCGAGGGGCGGCCGAGGGCAGCGAGGCGGGCAAUCGCAAAGGCGCGGCGAGCGGCGCACUUCGCAAGCGCAGGGCGUCUGUCUCGCCGUCGGGCGCGGCGGCUGGACCCGCGGCGGCCUCGGCGACGGCCGGUGAGGCGGGCGCGGUGCGCGGUGAGCCAUCGGCAGCUGGGCAGCCAUCGGCAGCUGGGCGUCCCAGCGCGGGGAGCGACAGCGAAGCGACCAUAGCCGACGACAGCGACGCAACGAUAGCCGACGAGAGCGACACGACUGUAGCCGGCUCGACGAGCAUCGGGGAGCGCGGUGCGGCGCAGGCUGACUCAGACUCUGAGAUGUCACUGUUGGAAGAGGCUUGCUCUCGGGCCGCACCGUCGCCGAUGCCGGUGCCAGCGCCAGCAGUUGCGUUGGAGGCGCCGGCCGUCUGCUGGGAGGUGGAGCUCUCUGGACGGUUUCAGGCCUAUGGAUCCGAGCAGCAGUUUGCCCUCGAGACGGCACAUCAGCGUGGCGACGACGUGGCAUCCAUCAGCGUGCGCGGGACGGUGUACGAGGUACGCUUGCGAGGCGAACAGCGGCAACGAGGCUUGGGCGCCGACGCUUGGCGCAGUCGAAGGGUGCGGCGCAGAGUGAGCUGA